GCCGAGACAUUUUAAUUUUGAUUCGUUGAGACUUAUCCAUCAGGUGGUAGGGUCCUCUUAUUUGGAGUGACAAAAAUGUAACGGGUUUAAAUAUUCCAUUUAGUUUUUACUUUAGAGACAAACGGCACAUCUUUUCAUUGAGUUUUUUGAUUUAUAUAAUAAUUUCUUAUGUUAUGCAUAGCUAAAGAGACACUUAACCUGCGAUCAGGCGUUUAGACUCGACAUGUACGAUCAGUACGUAUACAGUCUUAUCUCUUCUAUAAACGGACACCUCUAUGAGACCGGCCGCUAUCUAAUACAGACGUCAUGCCCUGCUCAUCAGUCAUAGGGGACCAUAAGACUGACGACGACGACCGCGACGGCAGCGAGAAAGUCACAAAAGCAUCAACUGUUCGUGCGUGCAUCACGGUUUCACAACUGGCAUUUCUAGCUUUGUCGUCACUGCGCGACUACGAUGUCAAAUUGCCUAAUUUCACAUUUUAUGGAGGACGUAAACAUUCUUCCUGAACUUGUAUAAGACGCUUAGUUAGGAAUUCAACUCCAGGAGAGUUCGCAUGCACUUUACAAAAUAAGUGAGUUGGAAUAAUCGCGAUGAAGAUUGAAAAAACGCGAAUUCAAUUUUUAAGCAACGUGUUGGCUGCCGCUGCCGUCCUCGCAUCUUAAGUUCGUUGCUAGUCCCAAAGGUGUCCAGAGAACUGACAAAAUGGAUUUUCGAGAAUUUUCAAAUAACACAAGUUGAAGUUACUUUGCUUUAUCAGCACACUAAUUAAAUAUACUCCACUUCGUAGGGUAUUAUGUAAUUAUUGAACUGACCAAGAGCCAAAUUAAUAAAAAAUGACAUCAUUUCAAAGCAAAGCUGGGCGUUCUGCAAAUAUCGAAACUAAAACAAACAAUAUAAAAUCUGAAAGUAAAAUUAGCCGGUCCCGGAACAUAAAUUAAAUUUCAAAAUAUUUAUAGCAUAACCAUGGAGACCGUACACCUGCAUUAUGUUCAGUUUUUCCAAUAAUACUUUCUAGAUAUUUUUAGAAAAACAUAAUAGCAUCAUGACAGCUCAUUGUAUAGCCUGCGAACCGCAGACGCAGUUCCGGCGGUCGCUUCUCUCCCUUCCCUCUCGGCGGGUGAAACUAGAGCCAAAAACCCGGAUGCUCUCGCAACCGUUAUGAUUUCUAAAACAAAUUACAAACAACAAAUAUCGGUUAAAGUGUGGACAGUUUCAUUUUAUUCCUUCACUGUUUCAGGGGUUGUAUAUCGGUGUCCAGUUCCUGAAUUCGUAUUUAACACAGCUUUUUUGUAAGGCGGAUGCAAACGAAGACAUUGAUCAUUAAAAGUGUAGUCGCAGGAUAUUCUCCUAAUUCUACACAUAUCUAAUCAAUUUCCCCACAGGUAGCCCAAGCUCGAAAUAUGAGCAUCGGCGAGCAUCAGCGUCAGGGGGUUGUGUAACAUUCGAUAAGGAUUUAUAUGGGGAGAAAACCAAUCGUUUCUGUAACCGACGAAAAUGAAAGGAUUUCAAUAAAAAAAAUGUAUGUAUGUAGGCAUGUAUGUAUGUAUGUAUCUAACGGUUUUCUCUUUCUAUAUAAGGUUUAUGAAGGUUGGGAACUCAAGCGAAGCAGCCCGACGGAUCCACCGAAGGAAAACGGCCAUAAAUUCGUUCCAACGGCUCCAAUCGGCUCCAAAUUCCGCCUACUAGGUAACACACGAUUGUUCAGCUUUCCCGGAGGAGACUUUCUUUUUUCCUUUUUUUAGAUCGUUUUGUUUUGUUUUGUUUGGUUUGGUUUUGUUUUUUCUUUAAACAUAUUUUCAUUUUUUGACAGACUUAAAGUAUACCGUUAGACUAAUAGCUGGUUCAUUAUCAGCUCUUAUUUCUAAAAUAAUUAAUCCACAAGUUAGCCAUAGGCACCCUUUGAUUUCUAUUUUGCAGUUACUCCCUCUGCUCUAUUAUAAAGAAAUCAAAUGUACUGUUCUUUUUAAUAGUUCUGUUAAGAUCGCUCAAACUUUCAUUUUUGUGUUGGCUGCUCUACGCAGCCUAAUGACGAUGAUGAUGAUAAGGAUGGCGGUGACGGUGAUGAUGAUGACUAUGAAUGUGGAUGCGGAUGGUCAUUGGUUAAUUGGUUUUACUUUGGCACGUGUUUAGACUGAAGCGAAAAUUUACACCGUUUUAUGUUAGUUUUUAAAAGAUUAGAGGAACAAAAUUAAUAAGUGUGCUGAUACUCUUCACUGAAGAAACAUUCACGGCGAGAAAUUAAAUUAGCCAUCUUCAGAGCCAAUUAUGAAACGUUUACAUGAAUAUUUUAAUUCGUACUCAACAUAAUAUACUCUAAUCAUAAAUACUCAUAUAUACUCUAUACAUUAAGGCAAAUUUUCUGUACUUAAAUUUCAACUUUCAAUUCCAGUGCUUUGGUGAAACAUGCGCCUAGGUAUUUCAGACGUCAAAGAAUUGGUGACGACAUUUCACGAAAUUUUGAAGGUAGGUCAGGAGAUCAUUCGCACAGCUUCUUCGAGGAAGAAUUAUGCCUUAAGGAUCCCAACGCGUAUUGCAUAUUUUGCACGAAAGGAAGAAGCAGAAAUAAGGGGGAAGCUGAAGAUUCUUUGCAAAGGAAGAAAUUCCAACAGCGUUGUAAAGACCCUCUUAUUACAUGGACCAUCCGGAUACGGAAAACAUUAUUCAGCUGCAAACGUAAUGGACACAAUUUACACAUCGCGAAUAACAAAUUCCUUCGUGUCACGCACUGACCAAAGUAAAACAAAAUUUUUCGUACAAAAACCGGCGAUACGGUGGACUUUAAAUGCGACAAACACAAGAACCCUAUUUGAGAGUUACUCCAGUCUGGCGAAAGAAAUUGGGUUGAUCGACGAAGCCAAAGCUGCCUAUUGGGAGCUCCCACUUCACAGCAGGACAUCGGAGGGAAGGCAAUAUCAAAUGUACCUACACGAUCGUAGUGAAAAAGACGCUUAUGACGAAGCUUUGGAACAAAUUUACGAAGAAGUUAUGAGGGCACUGGGGCAAAACGAUUCGUGGGUGAUUUUGAUCGAAGGAUCCUCCGAAAAUGUGGCUUCUCUUAGAAGGUUUUGGCCUCAACCUGGUGAGAGCGGGUUCGGAAAUGGUCUAGUCAUAAUGACAACUGGUGACAAUAACAACUCAAAACUUCUGUUUGGAGAUGAAGAUGACUCUGUACUGCAGAAAGUGUACAUUGGAAAAAUGACAAACCACGAUGCAAUUCAGUUUCUUCAAAGCAAAACGGACAUGAAAGCAACUGGAAGUGACACAAACUAUGCUAAAGACAUAGCUGUCGACAUGCUAAAGUGCAAUCCCCAAGACAUAGCAAAGUGAGUCAGUAAAGGAUAAUCAAAAUUAUUUAAGUUUUAAGCAACACUAGGACCUUAAGUAGAGAACGUCAUAUACAUUGCACCCACCCUUGAAGAGUCUGCCAUGUAAUAGCUACUCUGGAGGAAAAAAUUGAUAAAUCUACAGGUGUCAUCUUCUGACAGCUAGUGGAGGAAGGCCAUAGAAGGAGUGUCGGUGGAUGACCGAGUUUAGAUUUUUUAUCUUUGAUCCCUCUGUACAAAGAUAUGAUAGUACACAUUAUUUUUUCCCUCACUCCAAAGUUUUUCGCAUCCAUUCAAUUUCCAGACGCUGUAUAGGGCAAAGAUAGAUUCUCUAAAUUUAUCUUACUGUUUUGUUUUUCUUGACUUUAGGUUUGGAAAAUUUGUGAAAAACUACAAGGAAGAGACCAAAAGGAACCUUACUUACAAAGAUUUAGCUGGGACGGAAACAGAAACUCCUAAUGAGUGCAUGUUGCUCCUCGAAAUGACUCGUAAAAAUCAAGAAAAGGUACUUGCCAGCAAUUGAAGAGAAGAGAGCAGUGUCAAUUAAAUUAACCUUUAAUGAAUGGGGCUGAGUAUCUUUUAAAGAAUUAUGGAGAUCGGGGAGGGUGUUAUCCGUCGAAGCCGUAGGCCAAGGCGGUACGGCCUCGACGGAUAACACCCUCCAAGAUCUCCAUAAUUCUUUAUAAGGUAGUCAGCCUCAUUCAUUAAUUCUCUGUUCUUACCAUGUUUCUAGCUAUUAUUUCGCCGAGUUCUUACUCCUGAAACGGGUGAAAUGUCCGCCAUUUAUGUUUUCACAACCAAAACAUCUCAACCUCGUCCCCAGGUCUUCUCGGUUAACGGUGCAUUAACCUGCAAGGAAGCUGCACUUUUGACGUCAUCGGUUGAUUAAUCGCAAAAUUCUUUCAAAUUUGGUCAUCAGUAGCUGGUUAUGGUGAAUUAUGCGUGUGCUUUUAGCCAAUCGGAAUCGGGCAAAAAUACAUCCUCGGAGACCCAGGGUCAGUCAGUCGGGCCGGGUUAAAAGGCGCGACGAAAGUUUUCAAGCAUGUGCGUGCUUGAAAACUUUUGUCGCGCCUUUUCUCCCGGCCCGACUGACUGACCCUGGGUCUCCGAGUAUGGGAAAUAUUGAAUGAAUAAUAAUAGUUCUUAACCUGCAGUGUUCUCUACCUGCCAAAUAACCGCUGGUACCGCCUGAGAGACUGACACGAUAUAAUAACUACCGAUCCGCCUUGCCUUCUAUUUUAAGUGUCAUCAGUUCUCUAUUGCAAAUCCUGAUCUACACAAAGAUCCGGCUUUCCUACUUGUCCAUGUGUUAGUGGUCCGGGCAAGAAUUGUUCGCCGAUAUAACUCAGCGGAAACAGAGACUAUCUAGAUCUUAAUUUUUCAAUUUUCACCGCCGGAAUGCAUGCUGACCGUAAAAGUCCUGCGACGGGCGUCUGUUGCCGUCUUUGAAUCCUUUCAUGUACCAAAACAGAUUUGCAGGCAGAAAGCUAUGUAGCGGAUACUGUCGACGCCCGCCAGCUGUGUAUGAAAAUAAGGCUUUGAUUGAGUUGAGGGUCCCCAAUAGGUUUUUCGGGAUCCGAGAUUUCCCUCAUUUAAAGCUCGGGAUUCGGGAUUUUAAAGCAAAAUCGGGCGAGAUUAAGGAUUGAAAGUGUGCGUGCGAGUUAGAAUGCCCAAAAUAAGCCUCGGGAUUAUGGGAUUGCACGAAAUUUUGGGUCCGGAUUACGGGAUUGAAAAACCCUAUUGGGGACCCUCUGAGUUUUGUGACUUGAAAUUUCCUGAUAAACGGUCUCAGCAUCAUGUUAUCAAGCAUAAGAGCAAAAAAUCAAACGGUUUAGAAUAACCCUGUGAGUUUCUGCUAAGUAGUGAUCUUCAACGGUCCCCAUACCUAAUUCCCUCAAACAUUCGGACCGAUGAACGUGAUGAAGUCGAAAACCAGAUCUCGUUCGUCCUUAUAUAAGUCCAUUUUGAAUCCCUUCUUUCCGGUAGGGGAAAAAAAUUGAACGGUGAAGCCUACGAGCAGGCCCACGUGUGCUAAUGCGGGAAAAAUAUUGGCGACAGAACCUCCAUCGCGCGUUUCCUCGCGGUUAAAGAACCACUACGCAUGUGGGAUUGGAUAGGAAAGGCACCUUGCAUAGGACUUUUGAGUCCUGUUCAUUUCGUCCCCUCUGGGUUGGGCUGUGCUCAGAAAAUUAAAGCUGGUAACGAAGUUGUAACGUAGCAAAACAAAAUGCUGGGUCCUUGAGGACGUCACGACAUUUGACCUGGAGCCCGGUGUUGAUAGGGCUGUUGAUAGGGGUGUCAGAUGGUUUCUUCCUCGGGCUCUCAACAAAAGUUGAAAAACUAACAUAACUUUCAGAUCCUUUGACUGAAGCUUUACAGGUGCCAAAAUAAGAUCCAUGUUUUCAUCCCCAACAAAUAAAACAAAGAUUAUUAUGAGCUUCAUUUUGUUCAAGACGAGUUUUAGAAUCUAUUUUGACCGCGGUAGUAAAAUGGAAUCAGCGUUUCCAAACCUUCUCCAGAGUAGCUCGAAAAGUCAUUUGAAGUGUGGCGAAAAUUUGGAGUAGUAAAUCUUACAUUUCGGUUUGGACAAACAAACGAAACAAGAGUAUAGAAGCGGCUAACUCAAUUUACUUGUAUUUAAUGACAUUCACAAGAACAAAACUUGUUUUUCUCUUUCUUGACAGAUUUUGAAAUUCUUGGCGUGCUGUUCAGUUGAAUCCGACUAUUUGCCUUUACACUGUCUAGAGAGUUGUUUUAAAGAGGCCACAGAGACUGUAAAACAAAGCAACUUUGUGGAUGUUCUUGAACGAGACGGAGUAAAAGAAGUGACAAUGCAUGAGAGGGAUCAUAAGACACUGAGAGACUUACUGACCGGUCGAAAACUAUCAACGUGCGGUAAGAAAGGAAAAAGGGGUACUAUAUUGGGAGAAGUGUGUUAAGUUAUUGCAGCAAAUUUGAAAAUAAAUUCAUUUAAGGUCCUUUCCAAUUUUAAUGUAUAUAGAAAUAUUAUUUUAUUUCAAUCAUAGUCCCCACAUAUUUAGCAUUUAGCACUCUUUUAGUAGCCCAUGCAAAAGAGCACCAACAAAGUCUACCACAAUACAAGACUCUCUUCUUUGCCAUCACUGUUAAGUUUUCUUCUUUUCAAAGUACGUUCCGAUGCUGUGAAGGUGGGUAGAUGUGUUUUUAGAUUUAAACUGUUGACCUCUAGAUCUGUCACAAGGUUUUUAAUUUCCUUCCUUCUCUUCUUCAACAGCUGGGUUAUGAGUUAAUGGUUUUUUUGGUUUGCCAUCCAGCUUUCACGAGCAACCUCAAGGAUUUUUCUAGAAUACCGUGAGCCACUAACGUUAGUUCUGUUGAAAUUCUCCCUGUAAAAUUAUUGACAGUGGCUGUAGUUCAUGCUUUCAGUUUCUGAACUCAUAUCCCGCUUAGAUAAAUAAGUGGCCUUCCCUGAGCCAUGUUUUGCUUUAAAUUUUCAGAGGAAACAUGGCCUGGCUUCUUUUGGCAGCUUGUGAAACAGGGAACCGGUCUAAUUAGAGACGAGACAAACAAGAUUAUCCCGCCAACAUUAUCAGCUUCUGACGUACUUCAGGCCAUUAAAUGUCUAAGCAGCAAUUGCAAAGAACCCUUGCAACAGAGAAGAGAUCAGGACUUCAUUAUGCUACACAAAAUAUUGCCACAUUUGAAAACGGCAAUGGAGGUAAUUAACCUUCUCAUCGUUCAUCUUUCAAAGGCUUUUGACAGUACUAUUCUGGUCAAAAUCUUGGCACGCCUUGCUUAAAUUUUAUGUUAACUUCACUCAAUUUAACAGCUGGGCAAGUAUCUGAUACCACAAAGUGAUGGCGAGGAAAAUCCACUCAUCGUGGCUGAUGGACACGCAUGUCUGGGAGAAUUGUUGCUCUUUGUUGGUGAGUCCGAGGAAGCGAGAAAAAAUCUGGAGAUUGCCUUACGUGGUUUCAAAGAUUAUAGCGGCCCGGAGAAUGUGCUACUUGACGAAGCCAACGUGCUUCACUUCCUUGGAGAGGCGUACUGUAACAGGUAUGAUCAGUCCAGUCGAUCCUCAUACAUCUUCCGUUACAAGCGGGUACUUACCGGCUACAUACUAACAAUCACACUAUAAGAAGCACCUCUCCUAAGCGGAUGCUUACGCAAUGAUCCCAGCGACUCACUAACACUGCAAACCUAUCAUAAGCGAACACUUAAUCAUCGUCCCAGAGAGAUACAAACACCGGUCACCUCUCCUAAGCGGACAAUUUUUCCAGUUAUGUCCAGAAAUGCACACAAUGGCGAAAAUGGCGACUCUGGCAAAACAUCGUCAGAGGUGCUCCUUGGUAAAGUAGACAGGUUGACGAAAAUGGCGAAUCUGGAAAAAAUAAAAAAUCUGACGAAAAUUGCCAUGGGAUUGGCUAAUAUUUGAAAUUAGAUAACAAAAGGAGGCCCUUAAAGAGUGGCGAUUUUGACCAAAACGGAGAAGGCUGGUGAAAAUUCAAGUGAGAUUUCAACGGAUCCCCCUUACGGAGGUGAAAGUUCGCCCAAAUGAUCACUUUCGAAGCGGUUCUUUUGCCAUGUCAAUUGAAUUUUUGCCAGAAAUUUGCUGAAUUUCAGCCAGAUUAUCCAUUUUAACCAAAAUCGUCAUUCUCUGGUGCUUCACAAGCGAAACUUUCUAAGCAGCGGGCUUUUUUUCAUCUCAUUUAAAUUUUGACCAAAACUUUGCAAAGCCAAAUUAGCCAAAAUCGCCAUUUCCGGCAAAAUUGCUACUUUCUAAGGGAUCCAUUUUGCCAUGAUUUCUUCUUCCCAUCAUUUAUACCCCUCUUAUACAAGAGCUUUUACCUCCAUUCAACCGCGAGUCAUGUCUGUUCGAUUCUUCAUGUUGCCGUACGUUACGUGAACCCGACGAAUCUUAAAAUUACACAAAAAAGGUAUUACUGCGAACUGCAAACGGCGAACUAUACUUUACAGUCUGUGGAUCGAAAACUUUGGUAGUAAGGUGUCUCAAUUAAUCCCUAAUAAGGUACGUUCACUCAGACAGAGAUAUCACGGAGGAGCGGCGAGGAUUUAUCACGAAUUGAUGGCUACCAAACAUCCGUUUUUGGUGUGUUUUGCCCUUCCAUGAAUGACAUUAAUCUUUUGGUGAAUAGCCUGACAAGAGCUGAUAGCGUUCAAAUAGUGUUUUUCAAUGGACCUUUAGUCGACAGGCGCGCAGUAUAGGCCUGGCUGACUUUCAUUUCCACACAUCCUGAAUGUUGCACGCAUGACUACUACACACUAACCUCACCAAUACUUUGAGCUCUUAAGCUUUUUAGCACAAGUGGUAGAGUGAUCAAACCAAAAAUUUGUAGGCCCCGGCCUCCAGGUCUAUGGACUGGCUACGCCCCCGGUUGACUGUACUGAGCCCUUAUACAAAUUCUCAUAUAGUUAUUGCUUUUUAUAGCUAUCUUGGAGACCCUUCGAAAGGGAAGGAGUAUCUUAAACAAGCGCUCAAAGAAAAAGAACGUCAUUACAAGGGAAAAGCCGAUCCACAAGUUGCUUUUACUUUAAGAAGUCUAGCAAAUGUCUUGAACGAACUGGGGAAACACAGCGAGGCUAUGUGAGUGUUGUAGCUGUAUGCUCUGCAUUACUGUCCUUAUUUUGCUUUCGAAUUCUGUGUAAUAAGGUUUAAUCAGUAUGUAUUAAGGUAGCUCUUUACCCACGAAACUUCUUGGUCUCCCGGCAUUGCUUCCGCAAGCGUUUCUUUUUCUUUUCCUUUUUUUUAUUCGUGGAGCGCCCCAAAAUUGGAAUCAUGGUCCCAGGUGUUCCUGACGCAGCGCCAUGCUUUAUUUGGUGCAAAAAGCUUAAGAAAGAUUGACGCGAAAGAUGUCGAGCUUUUCCGGAACGGGUCGGUCCACGAAUUCUAUCGCUUGAAAGCGUUGAUUUCUUUCAGGAACAAGUGAAUACUUCAGUGAAAACUUCGAUGGUGAGGCUAUAAACUGGUCGGGUGUUGUAAACGUGCAUUACAUGCAAAUGAGUCUUGUGAUGAGCAUGCGGUUUAUUUUCGGCGGUGAUUGAAAAAACGCGCCAUGUUCGUCACGUUUUUGGUCUCUGGCAAUGAUGUAAUUUCUCUCGCAUUGAUUUUCGUGUAUUUAUACACGCGUCCUCAAUCACUGUCCAAUAAGAUAUAACAAGUAAAUGCCCUGAAGAAUACUCGACUGUCGAUAAAGACGGAAGUGAAAAACUACUCUCCUGUUUCCUGUGGAAUUAAUCGCCUUACUUCUUAUCUAAUCUCCAAGCAAGCGAGACUGAGAAAUGUUUUAAGAGCGUUCUUGUUGUAGUUAAGUUAGUUAUAGCUCAAAUUACGGCAAAUAAACAACACAACAAGAACAAUCAUAUUUGCUGUAUCUUCUACAGUGAAUAUUCAAAGAGAGCUGUUGAUGUCUAUUAUGAGAAUGGGCACCAUUUCAAGCAAGAAUAUGGCUACAGCCUGAGUACACUGGGAUCGUCGCAUCGUUACUUGGGUCAGUAUGUUCAGGCGGAAAAAUGCCUGAAAGAAGCUCUAAAGAUCUUCAGAUCAGUCGAUUCACCAAGCAAACUACGGGUAACUAUUUUAGAUUGUUUAAGCGCGCAAGGACACCUGAUUCAGAUCUUAAUCAUUAACAAUUAAUGCCUAUUCGGCUUUCGUAUCAUAUGAAGAAUUAUGGAGAUCGAGAAGGGUACGGUCGAGGCGGAUAACACCCUCCGAGGUCUCCAUUUUUGUUUUCACAACCAAAGACAGCUCAACCUCGUCCCCAGGUCUUCUCGGUUAACGGUGCAUUAACCUUCGUGAGAGCUGCACUUUUGACGUCAUCGGUUGAUUAAUCGCAAAAUUCUUCCAAAUUUGGUCAUCAGUAGCUGGCUAUGGGGAAUUAUGCGUGUGCUUUUAGCCAAUCAGAAUCGGGGAAAUAUUUUGACUGAACAAUAAGACCACUUAAAUGACAGUUAAGCCAGGGCUCACUUACGGCAGACGUAGUUAAGCCAGGGAGCCUCUAUCUGCUACCAAUAACUGCCACAGCCAGCAGUAUAUAUAUUUCGAUGGUAAUUUCAAGUCUCCUGUUUGAUUUAGGGUCUCUUCUCUACUGUAUAGAAUCACUUACUGCGCGAGAUUCCGAUGACACUAAACUCAAGAUGGAGUUGAAAGACUAUCUAAUGAAUGGGUUAAACCAAAAAAGCCUUACACGCCACCAGCUACUACUUUGACUUACUGACAGCUUUUCUCGAUGACGGGAUGAAUCUAUUAAUAGCCCUUAGAAUCUCCAGUAAUAUGCAGUGACCAUGGGUGACCGAGACCUUAGAGAAACGGCACCUCCAGAACGAUGCGCAGGCUCUUUAGCUUGAGGCAAUUAGGGUGAUACUUUAUCCAUGAUCGCAAAAUUUACAUCGUGCAAGCAUCCAAGAAAGCAUGCUUACUUCUUUUACAAUUAAGGUUGAUGUAUCCGAAGCUGCUUAUGAUUCUUUUCGUGCAUAUUUUCCCCGCAAUGUCACAAGUUACAGUUAAAACAUAGUUGCUUUGCUAUAUAUGGUAACCCAGAAGAUCUCUUUUGCAGAUGGGUGUCACCCUAAGCCGACUAGCUUCAGUUCAGAGAUGUUUGGACAAACUGGACGAGAGCAUCAAGUCGUUGAUGGAAGCCAAAGAAAUGCUUGGCAACAAUAAUAUUUACAUCGCUAUCAUACUAUCAAAGCUGAGUGUUGUUUACCGCCACAAGGGAGAUUCAAAAAACAGUUUGCUUUUUGCAGAGGAGGCUGCAGAGAUCACCGAUAAGCACCAUGGCAGGAAAGAUCACCCUGGUAAGUGCUCAUAUCUUUUACUGGUACUUGACCCAGACCCACAUUUUCAGGACACUGUAUAGCUCAAGACGUUCAACUAGAAAAGAUUGGAAGCUAAGGCUAAGCGAUUCACACGUUAGGAUUUGUCCAGCCAAUCUGGAACGACUGGUGACGAAAACAAGCUGCGGUGAACACAAAAAUCGACCCGGUAAGGGUUGAUUUCCACUGUCGCGUUAUUUUUCCAGGCGAACGCACGUAAAAUCUGCGGGUGUAAAUGAAAUAGAGGCAAUGUAUGAAAGGCCACAAGUAAAGGUAAAAGUUGAGCGUGACCAUCCAUUCAAUGUCUUUUCAUUCAUUCUUUAUUUACGCACGUAAAAUUUACGUGCGCACGCAUGGAAUAAUUACGCGACAGUGGAAAUCCACCUUAGUCAUAGCGUAUAAAUUAGCCAUUGUCAGUGUUGGGUCAACAAAACCUCAACUAACUUUGGAAGAUAAUUAACUAAUUAACUAACCUAAGAGGCUGGUUAAUCUGCGCAGUUCGUUUGGGACGGCAUUUGGAACUUGUUUCUGCUUUUUGUAGUACUUAUUUUUUUUGAAACAGUGCUUUUUUUAAUCUCAAUGGUGAAUUUUCCUUUAUAAGACAUAACGCCAAGGGCAAGCUCACGGCCAUUCUGGAAUCUUUCCUGAAUCUCUCCUUUCCGAAUGAGACUAUGAGCUUGUUUGAUGGCAAAUAAGAUACAUAAGGCGGAUAGACUUCUUUAUCUCUUUCUUUUUUCUCUUGUAAAAAGUUAUAGCCACCGCACUGCUAAACCUUGGCCAUGCACAAAGCGAUACGGGGAGAGUGGAGGAUGCAGAAAGAAAUCUAAACAAGGCACUGCAAAUAUUUACAAAGAACUUCAUGGAGAAAAUCAUCGAAUUAUUGCCGCCAACCUAA